CUCACCUAUGAAUGAUUUUAUAACUGUCAAAAGUGAAAGCAAAUACGCUUUAAAACCGUUCCUACGUGUCCAUUUUCCUGACCCUAGCAUACGUUUAUUGUGAUUUUACUAAAACUACCCAUUUUUGUAGUUUUCGAGACAAUUCAGUGCGUAAAUUUGUGAAUUUGUGCCGCAUAACCUCACUUCUUCCUGUCAUCAAGCUCAUUGUUUAUUUAAUUCUUCCGCGAUGGUGGACGAUGGUGUUUGUUACAAAAGUUCAUCAGGACCCGAUCAUGAUUUUUGUCUCGAUCAGGACAUAGGGCCUACUUUGAAUUUUAAACCUCGUGGGGGCCUCGCUCGGGCUCUGUACGAGAAGCAGCAAACGGACCACUUCCUAAGUCAGUUUGACAAGAGCCAGUGGUACCACUGCGACUUAUCCAAGAUACCUCUUGACUUGUCAUCGAAAUUCAUCGAAUUGGGACCAGAUGACGAAACCAUCAAAUUUCUUCAACAAUCCGAAGAAAAAUCCGAUUGGAUUCUCACUCAAAUUUGGCACUCGGUCGUCAAAGCCUUCUUGGGCUGGUUCAUGACUCAGACAUCCAUCAAUGGGUGGCUGCAAAGAGGGUCCAUGUUCGUACUCUCGCUCCAACAGUUCCUGAAACUCCUCCGCGUGGAACCCUCCUGGCACAAGGAGUCCCUCCUGGACCUGGGUGCCGGCGACGGCGAGGUCACCACUCACCUCUCGUCCCUCUUCGACAAGACCUACGUGACUGAGGUGUCCACCACCAUGCGAACUCUUCUACAAAACCGGGGCUACUUCCUCCUGGACAUCGACACGUGGCACAAAACCCACAAAUUCGACGUCAUUUCCUGCCUCAACCUCAUCGACCGCUGCGACACCCCCAACCAGCUCCUUGCCCAAAUCAAAACUUCGCUCAAACCAGACGGCCUAGUCCUCCUCGCUGUCGUCCUCCCAUUUUCCGCGUACGUGGAAGCAGGUUCACGUGACCACAAACCAAAAGAGCUACUCCCAAUCGUCGGUACUUGUUUCGAAGAACAAGUGAAAAGUGUAGUGGACGAUGUUUUGACUCCUGCAGGAUACGAAGUCGUAUCCUGGACCAGAGUUCCCUAUUUGUGCGAGGGGGAUUUGCAGCAGUCGUACUAUUGGCUCGACGAUGUUGUUUUUGUUUUGAAAGUAGCCAAUUGAAUGACUGGAAUUUGACAAAACGAGACAUAUCAAAAACUGUACUCUGUGUAUUGUAUGUUACUGGUCUUAGCCCCGCCCGUUGUGAGGGUGGGGCAAUGACAGGUUAGGGCGGUUCUWGUGUCGAGUUUUAUUUAUUAGUAAGCCUAGUCCAWUGCGAUUUUAUUUUGUUAUUACUGAAACAAAGGACUGACAAUAGUGGGUAACUGGGUACCACAUAUCUGCUGCCAAAUAUUGCUGUCAAUUAUAGAUAUUUUCGAAAUGUAAUUUUUCUGAUGACUUUUACAUCAAAUAAAUCUUUUCUCUUUA